CCGCCCGGCGUACACUCGUCUGGUCGACUGGGUCAUUAUGAAAAUGAUGAAGAGUGCUGCCAACCUAAUUUUAAUUUGUGUUUAUGCAGAACUGUCAUUUUAGUGUGAAGUUUUACCGGGCGUCUGUGAUGGCUGUCUUCUCGUAAACACAAAAAAGUUGUUCAAACUAUCCCCGAAGCGUUUCCCAGUGAAAAUGCCCCGCGUUAAGGCCUCCCCCAAGAAGUGCGUCAAAUCCAACAUCCAACAACCGACGAACUCCUGGGUUUUUCUCUUGAAAGGUGAGGCGUUGGAGCUCAGCGAGCAGUAUACCGGCACUGGGACGCCAGAUAUAGUCACUCUGAGGCACCCGAACACCGGAGAGUCGGCGGUUUUUCUAUUCUCGCCGGCGAAUAACUCAGUGCAGGAGAUUUUAACAUAUAAUGAGGCUAAAAGGUCGUGGUUUAUCGAUGAGACUGUCAAGAGUGACGGGAAAAUGCAUCUGUCGACUCCAAUAGAUCCCAUAUUUUUAGUGCUCCCAUAUUUGCGAAAAUACUGCAGUUCUCAAGCGAUACCUCUAGACCAGCUUUUAAGGGAUGAAGAGUUUCCGGAAACUGAAAGGUUAUUAAAGUCCAGCGGCCUAAAAUACUUGAACAUGAUAGCGGACAGGAAAGGCGACGAAGAGCUCAACGCCUUUAAAUACAACGAAGAAAAGACCCUCUCCUGGCUGAAGAAGAAAACGGAACGAGUCGCCGAAAUCCUUAAACAGAAAAACAUCCACGUAGGUUCCGGCGCCAUGUCUGCCACUUUCGUAAAAAAAUCCGAUUCUUCUGACACAGAGUCGUACCUUCGAUACGCCCACGGAAUCGUAUCCGAGUACCUAAUGGACGACCUUAGCCAAAAACUCCUCAAAUACUUGAAUCUCCCCGAAGACCCCCAGUUCAACCUCAAGCGAAAAAGCCUAAACCCUUUAUCCCCGAACGAAACAAAAAAGGCCAAAGUCGAAGAAGAGAACAAAAGCAGUACAUCAAACGUGUUAGACUUAAGUAAACCCGAGCCAAAAGCGGCCAAACCUCCGUCGAUGAACUCGAAGGAGAAGGCGAGAGCCAAAGCGGCCAGCGGCAGCAAAACCAUAAGUUCGUUCUUUAAGAAGACCUAAGUGGCGGGAGAGGUGAGGAUCUAGGUCAAUUUUUAUAUUUUGUUUUUGCUUGAGGUAUUUGGAUGAGUUAAGCAGACAAGUUGUAAAUUUUAUUAUUAGGGAAAGCUAGAGGUAAUUUAGGUACUAAUUGCUCAUCUCCGUUUCUAAACUUGUGUACAGGUCAAUCAAAAACUUUGUCCAAGGUGGUCGUGCGGACGUAAAAUUCGUGUCGAAGGUACGCGGUAGAACAUAUUUGCUAUAAUAAGUGACAGAAAUGGCCUUUAUCAGAAAAAAUUAAUUAGUCUGCUGUGUCAAAAACAGUCGUUUGUUAUAAUUAGUGUAUUCGAAGAACACGGAUUUUGAUUGGGGUUUGAUGGAGUCACGUGGCGGUUUCGGCCAACUGGAAGUGGCCGUGUCGUCACGUGACCGUGGACGACGUUCCCGUUGGUGGUAUUAUAUAUGACGAAACUGUGUUCUUCCUGGUCGUAUUUCCCGUUAUGUGCUUAUCUUGUUAGCUCCGUGUUUCGUCCGCAAGGGGGCGCUGUGUCGUACGGUGCCACAAAUAACGGUCUUUUUUGUUUCAUUGCGAUUUUGCAGUGUAGUUCAACUUUCAGUAUAGUAUUCCGUGGAAACUUGGUUAAGUUUUAUGGAGUGCAAUAUCUUGCGUCUUGUUUUUAUAUUUUCACAUUGAAAAAUGCUUUCCUUCCGUUAAUAGUGGAUUUGCUGUGCAAAUUACCGUUGUAUUAUUUCGUAGU